UACUCGGAGGCUGCUUGGCUGGACAUGCCGCCUGCACUUGGACCUCGACCGCUUCCGUCGGUCAUCUUGCUUUCGCUGGUACCGGUCGGUGCUUGGUUCAUCGUCCGCCCGCUGCUGAGCCCGGCGCCGCCUCUGCCCGCGCUCCAUGCAUGUGUCGGAUUCUCGAUCUUCGCAUUUCUUGCAUCCUUAUAUCUUGUUCCGGCACUGGGUCCAAUACUCAUCAAAGCUCGCCUCUCUGGAAGAGACUUGUUGAAGACUUAUGACACGCCGAUACCAGAAAGCCUGGGUCUAGUCUGCGCAUCCAUAUAUAUCAUCCUGUUAAUACUGUUUAUCCCAUUCCCAUUCUCCCAAUCCUUCGCGGACCACCGGAUUAAACAUGCCAAAUCUCAAGAAGGGCUAGUAACGACCGAGUUCCCACAUCAUCAGCUAUCAGUCUACUUGGCAUCUCUCCUCUCUCUCCUGCUAGCUACCAUGCUAGGCUUCCUUGAUGACAUUUUUGACAUCCGGUGGCGGCACAAAAUCCCGGUCCCUAUCAUUGGCUCUAUUCCACUUCUGAUGGUCUACUACGCUGAAGGUGGUAACACGAACGUCGUGGUACCCGUGCAGCUGCGGUCCCUCCUUGGCCCGCUCAUCAAGCUCGGGCCUCUGUACUACUUGUACAUGUCCAUGCUGUCUACUUUCUGCACUAAUAGCAUCAACAUCCUGGCCGGAAUCAACGGCGCGGAGGUCUCACAAGCCAUUAUCAUCGCUCUCUCUGUCAUUCUGAACGAUCUGCUUUUUUUGCCGUGGCCGGUGGACUUUCGCAUGCCCAUACAUCUCCUGGGAUCGGCGAGCGAAGUAGAGGUCAAGGUCGGCGGGGUGUACAGUGCGGGGAUGGCUUACGGAAGCACGCAACUGGUCGAGCGACACCUCUUCAGCCUGUAUGUCAUGCUGCCUCUGGUGGGAGUCUGCCUGGGCUUCUUGUACCAUAACUGGUAUCCUGCGCGCGCAUUCCCUGGCGAUACGCUAUGCUAUCUGACCGGCAUGGCAUUUGCCGUCGUCGGAAUCCAAGCCCACUUCUCCAAGACCCUCCUCCUCUUCUUCAUCCCUCAAAUAUUCAACUUCCUCCUCUCCUGCCCGCAGCUCUUCGGGCUUGUUCCGUGCCCGCGGCACCGUGUUCCAAGAUUUGACCCCGACACGAACCUCCUCCACCCUUCCAAAGCUCACCUGCUCGACCCUACAAAACCCGUAUCCCAGACGAAAGUGAAGCUCCGCAAUAUCAUUCUCACUUUGUUCAGCACUUUCGGCCUCACCGAACUCACUACCGACCCGAAGACGGGCGAAGUCACGGAAUGCACCAACCUCACCAUUCUCAAUUUCCUACUUCUCAGAUUAGGUUCGAUGCGGGAAAAGGCAUUGGUGCAGACCCUGAUAUGCGUACAGGUUGCUGGAAGCGUAGUAGCCUUCGUGGUAAGAUACGGUCUUGCGGGGCUGGUUUACGACGGGGAUAGACGUUAGAUACUGUCGAGGCCAAUAUUAACUUCAGCCGCCGAUCCUGCUCAUGUCCCGAGCUCUGGAGCCAGCGUCUUAUCGCGGUACGUCAAGCUCCGUCUUGUUCGUCCGAUGCGGUGCUAUUGUUUCGUCUCCCGUCAAUUCAUCGCUCAUCCGGCGCUGCGCCGCCCGACCCUGCCCAUUGGGACGGGCGUGAUCGGGCUAACGGUCGGUCGUCCGACCGUCAUGUCGGAAACCCGCCAAGGGAACGUGCGGGGGGAUGCGGGGUUGCUCCAGGCAUCAAUGCCACGAUUGGGGUUAGAUCGCCCUCGGAGAUCACGCUUUUAGGCUCCCGAGGCCGUAUCAAACCUGAAUAGCGCCUCUGCCGAGAUCGCGAGAGUUGAAGCGGACGCUACCGAAGGAAGCGUCCACGACGCCCAGGUCGGCGCUCCGGCCGCGGUUCACCCAGAUAUCAGGCGCAUUCGCUCUCGACC